AUGCAACGCCAGGAGCGAGAGAACGUGUGGAGUCAGGUUCUGCUGUGUUUUUGCAGAUACAAGCGCAGGUUCAAGCAGAGGCGCUGCUGGGCCGUGGUGGGAGUGUGCUGGCUGCUCGCCUUCGCGUUCAGUUUCACGCCCAUGUUCGGCUGGUACAACCGCCAGACCCUGGCCAAGAUGGUGGUGGAGAACUUCACCACCAUCGUCUGCAUGUUCGUGUCCGUCAUCCCCAUGACUUACCUGGUCUACUUCCAGUUCUUCGGGUGCACGCUGCUCCCCCUGCUGGUGAUGUGUGCCCUCUACGUCCACGUCUUCCGCUCCAUCUCCAAGCGACUGCAGAGGAGCCAGGCCCCGGGUGCCGAACCCCACGUGUACUACGCCAAAGAGCGGAAGCUGGCCAAGUCCCUGCUGCUGGUGCUGGUCCUCUUCGCUGUCGGCUGGUUGCCGCUGAGCGUCAUGAACUGCGUGACGAUCUUCGGCGGCGACGUCCCUCUGGUCACCAUCUACAUCGGGAUCCUCCUCACGCAUGCCAACUCAGCCGUCAAUCCGGUCGUGUACGCCUUCAAGGUGCCGAAGAUCCGCAGUGCGUACCUGCGGGCCUGGAGGAAGUGCGCCCCCUGCUGGCAGCAGGGGGUAUCGCAGAGCACCGAGAGCAAGGACAUCAGCAUCAAAAGCAAAUCCAUUGAAGAUUAGACCAAGGAACAGGAUUAUUCUGAUAGUAAUCUACACACAGCCAUACUGUGUGCUCAUAUUACCAUCAAUAAGCCAUUCUGCUUACUGUUAAUUAUCAGCACCAUUUUAAAACACUGGCUGGGAUUUAGUCAACAUUUGUCAUUAACCUUGACUAACAAAAUCAAGAGUUACCAAGAAUUUAUUUUUCUUCUCAAGCACACUGUUGAGUUUGGGAAUCUCUG